AUGUCUGUACCCUCUGUACCUAUACCAAAGAAUCUAGAUCCCGAAAGUCAAGAGGAAGACUAUGUACAUAACGUGUACAACGAAAUAGCCUCUCAUUUUUCACAAACUCGCUACAAGCCGUGGCCAAUAGUAGAGAAAUUCCUAAAUGAUAGAGAGGAUUACUCUAUUGGAUUGGAUGUGGGAUGUGGAAAUGGAAAAUAUCUCGGUGUCAACAAGAAGUUGUUCAUAGUUGGUACUGAUAGGUCUUCUGGUUUAAUCGAAUGUGCAAAUGAAAUUUCUGGAGGAUGCUAUAACCUAGGAGUUGCAGAUGGGUUGAGUCUUCCUCACCAGGAAGGAAGAUUUGAUUUUGCAAUUUCUAUUGCAGUUGUUCAUCAUUUUGCAACUGCUGAAAGAAGAGUUCAGGCAAUUUCUCAUAUACUUUCAAAGAUUAGAUCAGGUGGGGAAGUGCUCAUUUACUGUUGGGCACUUGAACAAGAAAAGUCUAGAAGAGGUUACAAGGAAGGAGACGAACAAGACAUUUUGAUACCGUGGGUGCUUGCAAAGAAACUGCCAAAGAAAAUCAAAGAACGGAAAGGAAAGAAUGAUGUAGCCGAUCCUGAAGUGAAAGCAAAACAAGAGGAAUCCCAUUCAGAUACCGAGAAGGAUGAAACAAUAUUCAGAUUUUAUCAUUUGUACAAAAAGGGUGAGUUAUCGGAGGAUGCUGUUCGGACUGGAGUCUGUACGAUUGUAAAAGAAGGCUACGAGAAAGAUAAUUGGUGGGUAAUUGUACAAAAGAAUUAG